AUGUGUGUACCUGUCUUGAACAAACACAAGCCGUGGAUUGAGACGUCGUACCACGGCGUGAUCACUGAAAACACUGACGUCGUUCUGCUGGAUCCUCCUCUGGUGGCCCUGGACAAAGACGCCCCCAUUCCUUACGCAGGGGAGAUCUGCGCGUUCAACAUCCAUGGGCUGGAGGCUCCGUUCGAGGCAGUGGUGCUGAACGGUACGUCUGGGGAGGGUCAGCUCAGGGCACGUGGCCUGGUUGACUGUGAGCUGCAGAAGGAGUACACCUUCAUCAUCCAGGCUCAUGACUGCGGCUCGGGCCCCGGGGGUACGGAGGGCAAGAAGUCCCACAAGGCGGUGGUGCACAUUCAGGUCAACGAUGUCAACGAGUUCGCGCCGGUGUUCCGGGAGCCUCAGUACAGAGCGGCGGUGACGGAGGGGAAGAUUUACGACAGCAUCCUGCAGGUGGAGGCCACCGACCAGGACUGCUCCCCCCAGUACAGCCAGAUCUGCAACUACCAGAUCACCACCACCAGCACCCCCUUCGCUAUAGACCGCAACGGUAACAUCCGGAACACAGAGAAGCUGAGCUACGACCGGCAGCAGCAGUACGAGAUCCAGGUGACGGCGUGGGACUGCGGCCAGAAGAGAGCCUUGCACAGCGUCCCCGUUCGCAUUGACGUCAAGCCUGUCUGCAAGCCUGGCUGGCAAGGGUGGAAUAAACGAGUGGACUACGAGCCAGGGACGGGCAGCAAGCAGCUGUUUCCCAAGAUGCACCUGGAGACCUGCGGCGGGCCUCUGUCAUCUGUGAGGACCACCGUGGAGCUGCAGACCAGCCACAUCGGGAAGGGCUGCGACCGGGAAACCUACUCGGAGAAAUCUCUGCAGAAGCUCUGUGGUGCCUCAUCAGGCAGCACUGACCUUCUCCCUGCUCCCAGUGCCGCCACCAAUUGGACAGCCUCCCUGGUGACUGACAGCGGGCGGGACAGCGACCUGAUCUUCAGGUUUGACGGUCGUCAGGCGGCUAAAAUCCCCGACUGGGUGGUACCCCAGAAUCUGACGGACCAGUUCACCAUAGCAACGUGGAUGAAGCACGGGCCCAGUCCCGGGCUCAGAGCUGAGAAGGAGACACUGCUCUGCAAUUCUGACAAGACCGAAAUGAACCGUCACCACUACUCGCUGUACGUCCACAACUGCCGCUUGGUGUUUCUGCUGAGGAGAGACUUCACCCAGGUGGACACCUUCAGACCGGCCGAGUUCCACUGGAAACUGGAGCAGAUAUGCGACAAGGAGUGGCACUACUACGUCAUCAACGUGGAGUUCCCGGUGGUGACGCUCUACGUGGACGGCGUGACCUACGACCCCUACCUGGUGACGGACGACUGGCCCAUCCACCCCUCGCAGAUUGAUGUGCAGCUCACGGUGGGCGCCUGCUGGCAAGGUGGGGAGGUGACCAAGCCCAGGUUCACCCAGUACUUCCGGGGGAGCCUAUCUGGACUGACCAUCCGACCAGGCAAGAUUGAGAGUCAGAAAGUCAUUUCCUGUCUGCAGGCCUGCAAAGAGGGACUGGACAUCAACUCCCUCGAAAGCCUGGAUAAGAAUAUAAAGUUCCACUUCAACCCGGCUCAGUCCAUCCUGGUGAUGGAGGGGGAGGACUUGGAGAACAUGAACGCCGCCGUGAGGAAAGUUUCCUACAUCAACUCUCGCCAGUUUCCCACACCAGGCAUCCGACGCCUGCACAUCUCCACCGCCGUCCAGUGUUUUGGCGAGGACACCUGCAUCACCAUACCCGACAUCGAUGCGGUGGUGAUGGUGCUGCAGCCCAGCGAGCCCCGGAUCACCAUCAGCGGGGUGGAGAGGCUGAGCCACGCGGCCUCCGACUUCAGAGCGUCGGGAGGCAUCGUUCUGUUCCAGGACCUCCACAUCAUCAGCACGGUGACCAGGGCGGAGACCACGGUGCAUCACACGGCCCAUCGACCAGGAGUGAUGGAGGAGAUCAUUCACAACCUGGACUACUGUGACGUCCUGGUCCUGGGGGAGGAGCUGAACCCGGAGCAGGAGUCUCUCCAGCUGCAGCGAAGCGCUCUGCUCGGAAAACACCUGGACGCCACCAACUCCACCUCCGGCAUGUCCAUAUACGGCGUGGACUCCAUGUCCAACUACGAGCAGGUGAUCCGACAGGUGCGCUACUACAACUGGCAGCCCGGACAGCUGACAGAGAGAAGGUUUCGCCUGACCUGCUCGGAGCUCAACGGACGCUACACCAGCAACGAGUUCAACCUGGAGGUGGGCGUCCUGCACAGCUCAGAAGCCGGAGAACACAUCAGCCACAUGGUGGCUCCGCCUCAGUACAUGCAGGUGGUCCACCAUCCGUCCAUGAUCCACGACCUGUACCCGUCGCACAGCUCAGGUGUACCCAGCGCUGCCACAGUGGUGAUCGUGAUGUGCAUUGCUGCCCUGGUGGUGGUGGUGGUGCUGGGCAUAUACCGCAUCCACUUGACCCACCAGCAGGAGGUGAAGCUGGCAGAGUCGGCUAAAGAGUCAGAUGUGAGCUGGGACGACUCCGCUCUGACGAUCACGGUCAAUCCGAUGGAG